GAGAGUGAAUCAGCCGCGAGAGUAACAAUUCAUUAUAAAUCUAUCUAUCUAUUACCGUUUAUCUAUUACUGAAUUUGGAAUUGUUAAUUCGAGAAUUCGUUAAAGAUAGAUAGUACAAUAGUCAAUCUAAAUAAUUCGUUGUGUUUAUUAUGUGUAUUCGUGAUAAGUAGACGAAGCAGCUGAAGUAAAGAAAACCUAACCUCAAAGAAGAACAUGCUAUGUAAUUCUUGACGAAUUUGCAAGAUUUUAUCGAAAUGGCAGACAAAAUAAGAAUUAAUACUAAGUUUGAUAUGCAAGGCAAUUAUGAGCCUUCAGAUUCAGAAGAUGAUUUUACACCUAACGAAAAAAGGUUACUGGAGAAAGUUAGAAAAAGAAAACACCAACCAUCGGACAGUGAAGAUGAAGUAUAUGCAUUCUCAGAGUCGGAUGAAGAGGAAGAUAAAAAAGAUGACUUGGGGAUAGCUGACAGCGAUGUAGAAGGGCAGGAGAAGUCGGACGAUGAUUUACCAGAUUCUAAGGCUUGGGGAAAGAAAAAAAGGUCAUAUUAUGCUACAGAUUACGUUGAUGAGGAUUAUGGAGGGUUUGGAGAUGAUGAACAAGAUGCUCUCAUGGAAGAGGAGGAAGCUAAAAAAAUACAGAAAAGGCUACUGGAACAACUUGGUGAUGAAGAUUUUUCAGACUUCUUUCCAAAACAGGCAUUAGAAGUUGAAGAAAAAGAAACUGUGAUAAAAAGUGACCUGAGUCAAAUGUCAAAAAGGCAAAAGUUACAGUUACUUGAGAAGGAGAGUCCAGAGUUUGCAGGAUUGAUUGAUGACUUUAAAACGAAAUUAACAGUAGCAAAAGAUAAUUUACACCCGGUACUGGAGCUUGUAAAGGAUGGCAAGCUUCCCACAUGCCCAGCUUCUAAAUUUGUUAAAACAAAUUAUGAUCUUAUUUUAAAUUAUUGCACUAAUAUUAGUUACUAUUUACUUCUGAAAAGUCAAAGGAUAAACAUACAGAAUCAUCCAGUUAUAAAAAGGUUAUAUCAGUAUCGGCAGAUGUUAAAUAAAAUGGAACCCAUUUAUUUGGAAGUUAUAAAACCUCAAAUUGAUAAAAUAUUGCUUGCUGUGAAGAAUAAUUUAGAAUUACACAUUACUGAGCUUAAAGAAAAGGAGAGUAAAAAGCGGAAAUCAGAUAAAGGAUCAGCAGAAUCAGCUCCAAAGAAACUUAAGCUACUCAGUGCUUUGGAGAAAGAUGAAGGAGAAGAUACUGGGGUGUCAGAUGAUGAUGAAGAUAAUGAAGGAAAUGACUUCUUCAGGUCAGAUAAAGAAGCUAAUAUACAGAGGAAUGAUGAAUCUGAAGAAAGCGGCUUUUCAGAUAAUGAUGAUAGUACACCUAAUGAUGUGGAACAGGAUAAUAACAAACCUUCUACAUCAUCACAGGGUCAAGUGACAGAAGAAGUUGGUGAUAAGCGAGAAAUUACUUAUCAAAUAGCCAAGAAUAAGGGUCUGACUCCACACAGAAAGAAGGAACAGAGGAAUCCUAGAGUCAAACACAAGCUAAAAUACAGGAAGGCUAAGAUAAGGAGGAAGGGUGCAGUCCGUGAACCCAGGACUGAAAUCACCAGGUACGGUGGUGAAGCAUCUGGCAUCAAGGCUAAUGUCAAAAAGAGCAUCAAAAUCAAGUAACAUCUGUUUAAUGUACCUUUACAAAAUUAUUGUAACAUUUUAUUUCUAUAAAUAAAGGAUUCUUAACAAUUAA